AGUCAGCCACCACGGAGUCUCCGCCGUCAGCUCGCCACACUUUGGAUACUCUGCUCUAUUAAAUAUGUCAGGAAGACUUACAGCUGACAGAUAGAGCUGCAGAAGGCAUUACAGGUUCAUAUGAUACUGAUAUGUGAUGUCUUGGUGAGCUAGCGACAAUGUAAAAGACAUAUAAAGAAGGCAGUUAAUGAUGGCAACAAUGUCCCAAACAUGGACCAUCUUCACUGCUGUUAUUGUGAUGGCCGUGCAGUGUUGCAGAGGUGAGAAAUGCUGUCACAUCUGGUCCAGCGCUGGACCUGUGGUGCAGCAAGGAUCUAAUUUUACAGUGAACUGCAACUUUACUUGCAAGUGCAAGGGAUCCAUGCGGAGCGGCCAUCCGCCCAGACCACAGACACACACAGAAAUAAAUCCUGCUCUUAUAUAUCUUAAUGUGACAAACAUAACCAAGAAGAGAACAUUCAGCUGUGAGUGUAACUGUCCUACUUCUCUGAACCCCUGUGGACUGGACAUCUCAACUGGAUAUCUACCAGAGCCUCCUAAAAACAUUUCUUGCACCUACAAGGUCAAAGAUAAUGAAAGGGAAGUUGUGCUCUGCACUUGGGACAGAGGACGAGAUACUUUUCUAACGAAUAAAGUAGUGCUGUGGUUGAGAACUGUAUCUAGAAACCACACAGAUGGACUAGUGCUGAACAGUAAGGAAACUGCUUUAGAGUCAGCAAGUAUCCCUGUGUCCAGCUCUGUGCAGCUCAUCUCUGUGUGGGUCCUAGCACGAAAUGAACUGGGCUCUGCAGUGUCCAUCACCAUGAACUACACACUCAGGGACAUUGCCAUGCCAUCGACUCCUGUUCUCGGUCAACCGGAUUGCUCUUCCCGAGAGUGCAUCAUCAAAGUGCAGCACUCUGUGAGGACUCAACACCUGGAGAUCCAAUACAGAGCAGAAGCACAGACGUGGGCAUCUUCUCCAGACUCGGUUGUGCAGAUGAGUUCGGUAAAGGUGCCGUCUUUGGAGCCCUACACGUUGCACCAUUUCAGAGCCAGAACGAAAUUCAGCACCGGCCUGUGGAGUAAGUGGAGCACAAACAUAUCCAGCUGGACUCAAGAGGAAGCUCCUGCCAAAGAGUUGGAUGUGUGGUACGCAGAACCGGCCUCUGACUUUAAAUCCCUGAGAGUUUAUUGGAAGGAGCUGAACAUUUCCACGGCUAAAGGGAAAAUCAUAGUGUACCAAGUGAGAGUUUACAGCCCAAACUCUGGACCGGUCUCCAUCACUAACGUUAGUGCCGAUACCAGGAACUGUUCGGUCCCGUUCUGUGCCAACUGUGAAGUGACAGUGUGGGCUUGCAACUCUAAAGGGUCGUCCCCUCCUGCCAAAAUCACAAUCCAUCACACAAAAGUGAAGGUUAAGCAGUUUCAGUCUCCUGAAGAUAUGCACGUAACUGUAGACAGGGUCACCAUCUCCUGGAGAAAGCAUGACACUGCACCGAGGCACGCAGUGUAUGUGGUGGAGUGGUACCCAGAGGGCCACAAGCUGGAGGAGCUCAGAUGGGUCAAACUGGGCAGGAAUGACAACCAUACUGUUGUUACAGGUAUUAAGCCAUUUGAGUGCUACGAGGGAGCAGUAUAUGUUUUGUCUAAUGAGAGCUUAUUGAGAAGGACCACAUUUACAGGUGUCACCUCUUUGGAGUCAGCCCCAGUCGCUGGUCCAUCAGUCCAACAUAAGGUUGAGGGAAACCAAGUGAAAGUGACCUGGACAGAGAUUCCCAGGGGUCAGCGUAGGGGUUGUCUCACUAAUUAUAUCAUCUAUUUAGAGAACGACAGCGGACACAAGAAGCCUUACAUUGUACCAGCAUCACAAAGGAUGCAUAUCAUCAAAGGCCUGUCUUCAGUUUUCUACAACCUGUGGAUAACUGCUUCAACUGCUCAAGGAGAAGGCCCUGAGGGGCAAAAGGUCAAGUUCCUCAUACAGAAUGAGACGCCACUAUCCCCCCUAAUAAUGUGUGCAGUCGCCGCCACGAUCUUAAUGUUUCUGGUGUGUCUGUGCCACAGCUUGGAAGUGAAGCAGAGGUUCUGGGUGUAUUUCCAGUGCCUCAUGCUCGAUGUUGUACCAGAUCCUGCAAACAGCAAGUGGGCAAGAGAGUAUACCCAGGAGAAGGGCAAGAUAAGCCUGCAGCUGAGUAACUCCAGUGUAACUGCGGAGGAAGAUGAGCCCAUCCUGGUGGAUGUAGAGGAGCUUCCCAAGCAGAGCAUUGACAUCUGUGCAAACGUCUCCUCGCAGCUCCCUCGUCAAACCAGCCUGAGCCCUGAGACGGAGCCGGCCGCACUGCUCUACCCUCUGACCACUUACAUCAAGAGCUUCUCCCACGACUCAGACAACUCCGACCAGCCGCAGACCUCUCUGGACACCAACACAACCGGCGACUACCUCUCAUCACACGGGCCGGGAGAUAUGGACGAGGAGGAUCAGGAGUUUGUCGACAUGCUGGGUUUCUUCCCCAGUCACAACUUCUUCAUGGAGCACCCGGAGUUUGGAGGGAAGUUGACUCUGAAUGCGGUCAAAAUUGAUUGCAGUGACUUAUUUCAGAACAGUGAGUGUUGACCUGAAACCAGAACUCUUUGGUUUGAUGAACUUUGAGUGAAAACCAUUUUUAGAGGAAGAGGAUGGCUAAACGAAAGUGCCCAGACACAAUAACUGGACUUGGUGACUGGUUUCCUCUUUUUUUGCAUCAUACAUCUUGCUAAGAUGUGCAUGAACUACCUCCUUGCUCAGUGAAAUCAGAACUGUAACGAGAAGCUCUCUCGCUGAAAUCUUCCAGAGCUGUUAUGCAGUAAUCAUUUUUGACUGAAAAAGUACUUUUGUUUUAAUUCCAUGCAUUACCAUUGAUUUCUCUUCAUAGCAGCAUUGCACACACUAAUACCAAGGGGUGUCACGUCGAUUCACUGAUCAAUGGUCCAAUAUCAUCAAUGCAAAGUGAAAACACCCAUACCUGUCAUCUUGAAGAUAUACAACGGCGUUAGCUUCCUUUUAGUGCGAUAGUUCAGGCGCCUGGUGUUGUGACUCUGGCAAGAAAACACUGAUAAUCUACUAUAAAUUAUGUUUCAAAACACACACACACACACACACACACACACACACACACACACACACACACAGCGAGACAGACAGAGAGCGACAUAGCAGAGCUUAUCAUUCAAAUGUCUGGAAAAGCCCAGUAAUGAAAUUACCCAAAUACUAUUUUAGUUGCUUUUUGCUGAUUGUGUUAAAUGGGCAUAUGAUGGGCUUCUACUACUAUAACUAUAAUUAGCACUGCAAGACAUCAGAUAUUGUCAUUUAUUUCCAUCUAUUUUAGCUAGCUAGCUCUAAAACAGGAAAAAGGUAAAUCAACUCUCAGAAUUGUUAGUGGUGCAAUGCUGCUAACGUUUUCACCUUUUGAGUCUGUGUGUUUGUCAUCAUGGCUAAAUGGGGUCCUGGAGACACCUACAGUAGCUGGAACUACAACAGAAGCAGUUUUGAGUACUUUGAAAUAUAAGUAAGUGCUUUAUGAAGAAAUAAUUACCAGCUGCAGCAGCGUGUUGUUUUCACCUUGUGAGUCUGUCUGCAUUCUUCCUAAUGGCCAGCAGAGGGCACUGGUUCUAAAAGAAGUCAAACUGUAUAAAAGUUAUUUUUAAUUGUCCCUUGUUAAAUAGUUUGAACACUUAGUUACCGACAAUACCACUAGUCCAGCAAGACAGACCUUACAACCACUCGGGUCUCCUCAAUUGGCGUCACCGCCUAUAAAGAGAACCCUCGCCACCUCUCAGACAUGGCAUGGAUGUGCUUAGUGCCCAGCAGCAAGGAGCCCCUUGGAGCCCAGCAGUGGGUCAGGAUGGAGGGCUGAAAGGCAGCGAGGAGGACACCAAGUUGGGAGGUUGACCAAAAACUUUCAUGUGAGAUAAGAGAUUUGGAAGGUAGCCCAAUUUUGUCUGCAAAACUCUAAAUUAAAGUUCCUCUUCACAUUCAAAUGUUGACUGGGAGCUAAGAUGUACCCGUCAAAAAUGUUUAAGAUUUGCAAUUGGUUUUUUUUAAACUGACGGCAUUUCAAUAUUUUAAAAAUACCGUACAAAUUCAUUACAUAUUAUCCAGCGAUACGGCUCGACAUCAGAAGACUACAUACACUUAUAGUCUACAAGCCGGAACUACCACUUAAGUGGUUUCAAUAGCUUUGCCAGGCGUUUGUCUGUGAAAUGUGGGUGUAAGCAAAAGCAAACAACGCAAGUAUUGUACACUCUUAAAUUAAAAAGCCUGUGUGCAGGCAGGGUCAAAUAAGUGACAAUGCAAAAGAUUUACCGACCAUCUUUAUUUACCGACAGAGGUCUCUAAUAGCAGGGCUAGAAUUCACACAUUUGUAGAGCACUUCAGUUCCACACAAUGAACGACUGUAUUUCUUUCAGAGCAAUUAUGCAGUGGUGCCAUUUCGGAAGCCACAGGGCAAGUCAACAGUGGAGGAAAAUAUCAGCACAGAACAGAAUGCAAAAACAAACUGAAACUGAGCCGAGUUUACAUCUGUGGAAGGAUGCUCAAGUGAAGUGUGUUAACAGUCGGACAGGGUCUGAAGGCUUCCAGAAGACUACAGCCACAUCUCAACUGUGUAAAGACACUUCCUCUCCGUAUCACUCUUUAAAGUAAAACAAAAGGCAUUAAUUGACUUGCACAUGGCUGUAACCAAAGAUGAAAUAGGCAGGGAGGAAGAGGAUGAGAUAGGAUA